GCUAUUUGUCCUUGGCCGGAUAGUUUGAUGUCUCAGAUCAAGUCAAUGUCUGAUGAAUUGAAGUCAGAACAUGAGAAGAACAGUCAAUCUCUUGUGGAGUUACUUCAACAGAGUUUCGGAGAAUGUGAAAAUAGUGUCGGAAAUGCAACUGUCAAGUUCCAUGAACUUAACGAGAAGUUUUGUGAGGAUAAAGCUUCUCAUCAGCAAGCCCCUUUGCAGGCUUUAGAUGAUAUUUUUUCCAAAUUUGAGGAGGAGAAGGAAAGGCUCUUCAUGCAAUAUGAACAAAUAAGAAAGAAGGAGAAGUCUAUGAUAUCUGCAAUUGCUGAUAAGGUCGCCAAACUGGAUAAGUCCUUGAAAAUACAAAAGGAGAUUGAAGAAGAAUCCAAAUUGUUGGUGCAGACACUUUGCUUAUGUCAAUGGACGCCUAGGAUCCCACCAUAAGGGAGAGCCUAAUAUAAUUGUGCUUGGAGCACAACGCCAGGCAGGUCUUUCGACAUGAAGAUUUUGGGUUUGGCAACAUGAACGAGCUAUCAUAAAUUAUAAAUAAGAAAAGGACAUUGUAUAAUCUCUUACUUUGCACUUCUACUGUUGGACAUGUAAUAAUGUAAUUAUGGUGGUGCCUGAUAUACUUUUGCUUGAAGCACAACGCCAGACAUUCUUCCAUGUCUUUCAACAUGAAGAUUUAGGGCUAGACUCAGUUCUUGUUGCAAGGCAAUUGAGCAAUGGUGGCGCACGUUUCUCCUUC